AUCACAUUUCUGAUGUCAGGAUUAUGUAUCAUGCGGAGGCUCCUUUUAUCAUGAUCAAAAUCGCUUGAAAAAAGCAUUGCAUCUCUAGUGGCAAGAUAAUUGAUGAGAAUGGUGACAUUUCACGACCACAAGGUGGGUUUUGCAAAAUUAUUGCGAAGAUGAAUGAUCUAAUGACAAGAUCGUUCUUAAGUUAUGUGGAACUAAAGAAACAAGCCCAAAAGGACCUUCAAGUUGAACUCGACAUUGAAUCAGGCCAACCCAACCUCUCUCAGUUCUUCCAUGAAGUCAACGGAAUCAAGACCGAAAUGGAAGAUAUUACCAAUCUCUUGUUUGAUCUUCAAAACCUUAAUGAAGAGUCAAAGUCCACUCACAGUGCCAAAGUUCUUCGUGGCUUAAGAGACCGAAUGGAAUCAGACAUUGUUGCAGUUCUUAGAAAGGCCAUGAUUGUGAAGGCAAGACUGGAAUCACUUGACAGAUCCAAUAUAUCCAAUCGCAGAGUAUCAGAAUUGUAUAAAGAAGGGAGUCCUAUUGAUAGGACAAGGAUAUCAGUCACCAAUGGCUCGAGAGUUAAGCUUAGGGAAAUUAUGAAUGAAUUUCACAUCCUGAGACAGAAGAUUUUAUCAGAUUACAAAAACGAUCUGAAAAGAAGAUACUACACUGCGACUGGAGAGGAACCAAGUGAAGAAGAGAUUGAAAAUAUGAUUUCAGGAGGUGGGGGAGUUCAGAUGUUUGAAGGGAAAGGAGUGAUGGACUUGAAGAAUAAAGAGAGGCAUGAGGUUGUGAUGGACAUACAGAGAAGCUUGAAAAGGCUGCAUCAGAUGUUUCUUGAUAUGGUUGUUCUUAUUGAAACACAGGGAGAGAAGAUGGAUGACAUUGAAGAGAAUGUGACCAAUGCAGGUAAUUUUUUAAGUGGUGGAACCAACAGUCUUUACCAUGCAAAUCAGAUGAAGAAGAAGAGGAAGACAUGGUUUUUAUGGGUUUUUGCUGUGAUGUUGAUCAUAAUUUUUGUUUGCAUUAUAUCAGAGACAGCAUGGAAGGGAAUUAUUUGAUGUCAAGUGGUUAGUUGUUCUGUUUCUACCUGCUUGCCUGAAAAUUCAUGUCUAAUAGAGUUUUCAAUAGUUCAGGAGUCA